CUGCCAGCGCGACCCAGAUCUGCCAAAGAUGAACAGAGGAGGGAUUAAAGAUAUCUGUGAAGAGUAUCAGAAGGUAUUGGAGAAUCGUCUUGCAGAAGGACAAGCAGUUCACUUCUGUGAUGAUGCUGCACUUAAAGAUAAAACCAUGCUACUACUCAUCAACGAUGGGGAGCAGCUACACUCCUUUUUCAAAAAUAAAACAUUUGACCUCAUCUGCACUUCUCUUAAGAAAGCCCCUUGUCUGGAAAGUGGACUAGAGCAGCUCAAGAAAGCCUUUGAAGUUUUUGAACUGGCAUGUCUCAAUCUUUACCUGUGUCCUUGGAGACAAGAAUUCAGAGUAAUCAAGAUGUUUUCAGGUGCUUAUAUGCAUUAUAUCAAACCAGUCCUGACGGAGAAUGAUAUACUACAGAUCUUCCAAAAGAUGGGGUACAAAGAAAAAGACAAGCACCAUCUAGAAAUUAACAAAAUGCCAAGUCCUGAUGUCCUUAUAAAACUGGCAUGUGGUCUUUAUAUAGCCAGGGCAGAGUGCUGUCUUUUGCUAGAAAUGACAAAAAAGAUAAAAGGUUGUAACAUUCUGAUUGAGGAUCUGAUAGAGGAAAGAUUAAAAAUGACAAGUGUGGAAAAUGGAAUUGAUCGUUUACUGAGAAAGUUCUCAAAGUUGCAGGUCUCAAAAAAACAAGAGCUGCAUACUCCACAAUCAUCUUCAUGUGCCGAUUAUGAGGUAGACCUUUAUACAGAUAUAAGUGAAGAGGGAUUUCUUUCUAAUAUUGAAAAGAAUCCUACUGUAACUGAAAACAUCAGGAAUUCAUUAGGUGGAAGAGUGUCGACAACUGUUGUGAAGCGUGAUCAAUACAUGAAUGUAUACGUAGGUGGAAUUUCCUCCUGCAACACUCCAGGAGAACAGCUGGAUCAGAAUAAUCAGAGAGGUGACCUCAACUCAGUACCAGGCACCAGAAGCAAGGAAGAGAAACCUGGUGAUUACUUUAGCUUUCAAAACAGAAGCAACAGAACUGAUGAAUAUUCAAGAGAUGCUCAACCUGGGGAAUUCAACCAGACAAGUAAACUAAAGAGAGGUCAUUUCCUUGAUGACUAUAAGCUCUGCGGCUGUCUAACAAAGGAGACCGAGAAUCUUGUUAGGUGCACAAGCUGCAGAGUUCUGCAUACUUUUAAAUGUCCAGUUAAAAGCUGUGGUAAUGAUUCCUUUGUCUGUUUAUCAGAAGAUGAUGUAUUGUCUGUUAAAUUUAGAGUCCAAAAUUUUGAAAGCAGUCCUGAAAGAAGAUUAGUGGAACUUAGUGAAAAUAACCCUGUGGGAAGUAGUAAGCAGACUAAGUGUGCAGAGGACACUAAGUACAAUUCAUAUAAUACUGUUUAUGCAGUUAACGAGAAAAACAUACCAACCACUGAUGCGUCUUUUUAUAGGCAAAAACAAUUGUAUAAGUGCUCGUGCAUGCAGCAUGAUAGUCCAACUAUGAUUUAUGUAUGUGAUUCUUGUGAGGUGCUGCACUGGAUUUCAUGUGAAACUAUAGAUAUCUGUAAUAAACAGAACCAUGACGUUCACUUAAUACAUGAUGAAUGGAAGAUUGAAAAGCUUAUGAAGAUGGCAGUAGCGGAGCUCUCUAUAUCUAAAUGGAAAAAACAUUUUUGUAUUCCCAACAACAGUUGCGUGAAGUUUGCAUGCGAAUCCUGCCAGAUUUUACAUGGUUCAGUAUGUGAAUUAAUAAGAAGCUGCAGGCUUCAACAUCAUAAAUUGUUUAACAUUAAAGAUGUGGACACUGAUUUGGUCAGAGAUGAAGAAGGUCCUUGGGAUUCUCAGGCACUUGUCUGGAAAAAACACCAUUGCCUUGAAACUACAUUUUCCCCUCAGUUUGCAUGCAAAACCUGUAGGACUGUACACACAGAAACCUGCCCCAGUCUGUUCUCUUGUAAAUUAAAUCAUUGUGUUGAUCCCGUAAAAAGAUGUUCAGAAAAAAUGUGCAACAAAGAGCUGGAAAUCCUGUGUUUGCACUGCUGUAGUGCCUUAUGCAGGUAUUGCUAUUUUAAAACUCAAAUGCAGUGCACUUGUGGGAAACCAUUUAACAUUGAUGGCACAGAAGUGUGAAAGACCCUCUACUAAUUAUUAUGUUAACGUUUAUUUAUAUUUUCAUAUUAGAUGCCCCGACGCUAACCCAGUUAAUACGCACCAAAAACAGUAUUCAGUUUCAUCUAAUUUGUAUAUAUUGUUUGAAAAACUAUAUAUUUUUCGAAUGUUUUAAAAGAAAUUUCCCUAUAUGGCUGCUUUGUUCUAAUAUGUAAUAAAUAUUUUAUAAAUUGCAUGCAUAUUUUCACACAGGUUCCUGUCUAUGAAAUUCUGAAAUGUCAGUAUUUACACAUUUGAGUCGUAUUUCAUUUGGAAAAUUCUCCCUGACAUUCCUCUGCGUUAAGGAGAUAUAUUGGUAGAUGAACGUCAAGUUUCAAGCACUAUACAGUAGCUUUCAUGACAAAGCAAAAGGUAAUAACCACAUUGCUUUAUUUCCCUUUAGACACUAAAUUAACUGUGUAAAUUGUGUACAUCCUACUCUUUUGGGUAGUUUUUGCAAAGAACAAAAAUGUUUUAAUUGUACCCAUGUAUUUAAUAAUUUUGAAAAAACACUUAAUUUGCUGAACUGUAUGCAUUUGUUUACUAAAAGUGCCUAGAACAAGCCUUGUGUUGUAGUAUCACAUUUUACUUGUGGUGGCUUUGUACUGGUUUUACUGGGGAAAUGGUGGACUGGAGUGAUGGAAAGAAUGCUGGGACAGAGAAUCUGAAACAGCCGCGCCUGUGUUUUCAUGAAGCUGUUGACAGUUGUAUGUGCAGUAGCAGAUCACAACUGAAUCAUUGCUGGCUGUUGUCUUGGGAAGAAAAACAUUUAUUUAAAACUAGUUAUAGAAUAUUUGUACAUUGGCUUCUGUGAAUAGUAUUAAAUGAUAGACAAACUCCUGUAAAUAAACAAAAUAUAUAUAAAAGAA